GAAAAUUGAGGUUUUGAGUUUUGACGCCAAAAUUCACACACCGUCUCGGCUCUAAGACAGGAAUCCACGACAAACUAUCAACUCCUCUUUUCUUUCCUCAAACUCUCAACUCUCCACUCUCAACAAAACACAACGAUUUCACCCUUGCAAUCACAUAGUCACACUGUAACACUCAUCAUUUAAUCCCGUGAAUUCAAUGUGGUGAAGAGGAAAAUUUUACUCACGAAGCAACUCCUAAUAUUGGUCAGUAACAAAUUUGGGAGUUAGUAAUUCGGAAUUUGUGGUAAUGUCAUUCUGAAAUAACUUGAUCUUGGAGCUGGAGCCUAAUGGAUCAUGUGUUCCUCUAUUCGUUGCACCCUAGUUCCCAUCCAAAAGAGACUACAUAAACGGCUGUACACAAAGUUUGGGUGCCUUAAAGUCUGGUCAUUAUGUAAACUGGUACACAGAUUUCAUUCUGAUGCACAAUCACCAGCAGUCGCCUUUUCGAAUUUUAGCUUCAGCAUCCCCCGCAUUUCCUACACCAAGCAAUUGUCGCAGCUCUCCAAAGAAAGGUCUCUUGAGCCCGGUCUCAAAAUCCAUGCACUCUUAACUAAGAUUGGGUUGAAUCAAGACUCCAAUCAUAGGAACCAUUUGAUAAGUUUAUAUUCCAAGUGUCGUCUUUUUGCAUAUGCUCGGAAACUGGUUGAUGAAAGUCCCGAACCAGACUUGGUGUCAUGGGCUUCUUUGUUAUCUGGAUUUGUCCAAAAUGGGUAUGGAAAAGAAGCCCUUUUGGCUUUUCAAGAAAUGCAUGGCUUGGGGAUCAGAUUUAAUGAAUUUUCUUUCCCUAGUGUGCUUAAAGCGUGCUCCACAACUAAGGAUAUUGUACUUGGAAAAGUAGUUCACGGUAUUGUGGUGAUCACAGGGUUUGAACGUGAUGUUUUUGUUGCAAACACUCUGGUGGUUAUGUAUACGAAAUGUGGUGAAUUCAGGGAAUCUAGGAGGUUGUUUGAUGAAAUCCCAGAAAGGAAUGUCAUUUCUUGGAAUGCAUUGUGUUCAUCUUACAUACGGAAUGAUUUUUUUGAAGAAGCUCUUGGUUUGUUUCAAGAAAUGGCUGUUAGUGGAAUUAGGCCUGACGAAUUCACUUUAUCAACCAUCAUCAAUGCUUGUAGUGGUUUGGGAGAUAUUAGUCAAGGAAAGAAAAUUCAUGGAUAUUUGAUUAAACUGGGUUUUGAUUCUGAUUCAUUCUCUUCUAAUGCACUUGUCGACAUGUAUACAAAAGUGGGUUCACUUGAUGACGCGAAUUCUGUUUUUCAGGAAAUUUGCCAACCAGAUAUUAUUUCUUGGAAUUCUCUGAUUACAGGCUUCGUUCUCCAUGAAUCUCACGAGCAGGCGCUGGAGCUCUUUUCACAAAUGAUGAACUUAGGGGAAUGGCCAACAGUAUACACCUUUUCAAGUGCUCUCAAAGCUUGCACUGGGCUGAGGCAUCCAAAGUUUGGCAUACGACUGCAUUCUCUGCUUUUAAAAAUGAAUAUGUUGGAUGAAUUUGUUAGUGUUGCACUUAUUGAUAUGUACUCAAAGUGUGGUUUAGUAGAUAAUGCCAGGUUAGUUUAUGAUUUGAUGCCUCAAGAAGAUUUGGCGGCCAUAAAUGCAAUGAUCUCUGGAUAUAGACAAAAUGGUUCUGACAGACAGGGUUUAAUGCUGUUUAUCGAGAAUUAUAAGAAAGGAAUUAUAUUUGACGAGACGACUUUACUGGCAAUUCUCAACUGUACAGCUGGCAUGCAAUCUGUUGAAGCUUGUAAACAAGCUCACGCCCUAUCUGUGAAGUCAGGGUUUCAAUCAAGUGCAUUUGUCGUAAACAGCUUAAUUGAUGCAUAUGCAAAAUGUAGGCAGACCUAUGAUGCUGCUCGAAUUUUCGAAGAGUGCCCAACUGUAGACUUGCCUGUGAUUACUUCUUUGAUAACAGCUUUUGCUCAAUGUGGGCAAGGUGAAGAAGCCUUCAAACUUUAUGUGAAGUUGCAAGAUGUGGAUGUCAACCCAGACUCGUAUCUGUUUAGUUCUCUCCUAAAUGCAUGUGCAAAUCUAUCAGCAUAUGAGCAGGGGAAACAAAUUCAUGUUCAUGUCUUGAAAUAUGGUUUCAUGUCAGAUCUCUUUGCUGGAAAUUCUCUCGUCAACAUGUAUGCCAAAUGUGGAAGUUUGGAGGAUGCUGACCGUGCUUUCUCCCGGCUUUCUCAGAAAGUUGUUGUAUCCUGGUCUGCCAUGAUAGGAGGACUUGCCCAACAUGGGCAUGGAAAGAAAGCCCUCACCCUAUUUGAUGAGAUGCUUAGAGAGGGUGUGCCUCCUAAUCAUGUGACUUUGGUUAGUGUCCUUUAUGCCUGUAAUCAUGCUGGUCUUGUAACAGAAGCCAAAAGGUACUUUGAGAUGAUCAAAGACUCAUUUGGCUUUCAGCCAACACAAGAGCACUACUCUUGCAUGAUUGAUGUUCUUGGUAGAGCUGGGAGGUUGGAUGAAGCAAAGGAUUUAGUAAGUAGCAUGCCUUUUGAACCUAAUGCUGCUGUCUGGGGAGCACUUCUGGGCGCUGCCAGAAUCCAUAAGAAUGUCGAGCUUGGUCAACAUGCUGCUGAGAUGCUUUUAACUUAUCAUCCAGAAAAAUCUGGUACACAUGUACUUCUUUCGAAUGUAUAUGCGUCAGUGGGAUCUUGGGAAAACGUCGCAAAAAUGAGAAGGUUAAUGAAAGAAACCAAGGUGAAGAAGGAGCCAGGUAUGAGUUGGGUCGAGGUGAAAGGCGAGAUUCACACAUUUACUGUUGGAGACCGCGAACACUCAAGAACUAAAGAAAUAUACUACAAGCUUGAGGAGCUAAGCGGUCUAAUGGCUAAAGCUGGUUAUGUUCCCGUGAUAGAGACUGAUCUCCAUGAUGUUGGACAAAAAGAAAAGGAGCUGCUUCUUGCCUAUCACAGUGAGAAACUUGCAGUUGCCUUUGGGCUGCUUGUUACUCCUGAAGGAGCUCCUAUUAGAGUGAAAAAGAAUCUUCGGAUUUGUGUGGAUUGCCAUACUGCAUUCAAGUUUAUUUGUAAAAUAGUCUCGCGGGAGAUCAUUGUAAGGGAUAACAACAGGUUCCACCAUUUUAGGGAUGGAUGUUGUUCUUGUAACGAUUACUGGUAACCUACAGGGAAUCCCAUCAUUGUGAUUGAUGAUGAUGAUAGCUUUGUUACAGUCUUUACAGGUACUUGGAACACCCAUCUGCAAGGAAAUCAAGUGCAUGAAUCCAAACUGCUGAGAGUUCAACUUCUUGUAGAUCAAGGCUCAGCAUUAAAGUGAUGGUUCAGUUCUGUAACUAAUAAUACUGCUGAUGGUUCUGACUUGGAAUUUUAGUAUUACCUUUGAUCUGGUUGUGGAGAAAAUGGGAGAUUUUUCCAGUGGAAGUGGCAGCAAGACAAGAUUGAUGAUGGGAAAAUGAUGACAAAAGAGAGAAAUUUGGGCCGCUAUUCACAUAAUUAAGGCUAGAGGAACAUACCUUCCAGCAGAUAUGCUGGAGGUGGCCAAGAACUGUGCUCCGGAAACUGCUACUCCUUAGAUAUUUGGGCCUGCAGGUUUUCCCAACAAAUAUUUCCCUCGAAAAAGUACUUGUCCUUUUUAACCUAUGUUUGUAUCUUGUGAUUUGUAAAUGUGAAUUGCAGGGUUUGGCAUGGCCUUCAGGAUUUGUGACGAAUUCGUUUCUUAUACUUCGGAAUCACAUGUUGGCUAAUCCUUCGGUUCGUUUAAAAGUUGGAACAGAGGUUAUGAGGCUACAUAUGUAGUUCCCUUCUGCCAAGAACUUGCAAUUCUUAUAUAGUAGACCAGCAGUCUUGUGCUUAUGGAUGUUCUGAUAUUGGGACCUUCCUAUCCCUUGAAUUUAUUUUACUUUUUAGUUUAUAUCAUAGUUUUUGAAAUGAGUUGUGAUGUCAUGCUCAGUCAUUAGGUUCAUUUCAUUGGGAAUCCAUUACAAAGACUUGAAAAAUGAUGCACUUGUCAAGUAGCCAUUGCCAAAAUUGUACUGAGUUCGACAUUUUGGAUUACCAUCAUUGGUAAAAGCGACUAAGACUGUUAUUGUCCCGAUUAGCUAGAAAAGCUUUGUUUUGGAAACUAAGAGCAUGC